CAAGAAAAGUCAAUUUGAUAAAAUUCUAGGAUGGAAGGAGUAGGUAGUAUUGCAAAGUUGAAAGGAUAAAUAUGGAGACUUUUGCAUAGCUUUUCAUAAACCAAAACCGGGCAUUCAAAAUUUCGAAGUUCAAACUUGGCCCAACCAUCAAACUAAUCGGCCCAAGCAUCAAACUAAUCGGCCCAAGCCACAAGCCACGCACACGACUUCCCGCCAAAACGGAUCGCAUUUGCAGAAGCAGCUGUAUCAGGUUAGACGCUCAAACUCUCACUCGCCCGCCUUCACGAAGAACACAGGUUGAAGCUGCUAUGGCUUCCUCCAAAUCGCUCUCCCUCGUCACACUUUUUCUCUUCGCCAUGUCUCUAUCAGCUGCACCAGACAACCGGUCGCCGCCGCCACCGCCUCCGCGCUUCCUGCUCGACACAAUACGGGCGCUCGCCAAUUCCGGCUACACCGCCAUGUCUCUCACACUUCAGCUCAUAGCCGAUUCCAAUAUUAUUCUCUCAAACUCUACUUCUUCCUCGUUAUCAAGCAUAACUUCUGCCCUAACAAUCUUCACUCCGCCGGAUUCCGCCUUCGUGGCUUCCGGCCAGCCGUCACUCCCUCACCUCCUUCUCCAUUUCGCCCCUGUCUCGUUGUCAUCCACCUCCCUCCUCUCUCUCCCGUACGGAUCCAAAAUUCCAACACUAUCCUCUUCCGGUUCGCUGUACAUUACCACAUCUCGCUCGGACCGUGCUCCUGUUUCCAUCAACGGGGUCAAUAUCUCGGCCGGUACGCCGAUUUUCGAGGACCAAUCUGUGGUCGUCUUCCCUAUUGACGACUUCUUCAGCCCUAAUUUCAGCCUUCAGAUAGCUGGAGAACCUAGCUCUUGUUUGAUUCCUCACUCCAUUUGCAAAUUGCAACGGUUCUCGCAACUACGCAACGCUUCUGCUGUUCUGAAAUCUAGAGGCUAUCUGAUUAUGGCCUCAUUUCUGGACCUGCAGCUAUUCGGCUUUCUGGAUACACCGCCCUUAAAAUUGACUGUGUUUGCGCCGGUGGACGAUGCUCUGAUUACGUACUCCGGUGAUGUGAUGGUGUACCAGUCACUGCUGAUGAGGCACUUACUGCCUUGUUUGUUGCCAUGGAGGGAGUUGAACGAGCUCGGCAAGGGUACUGGAACAGUGUUCCAGGAUUACGCGAACGGGUUUAGCAUGAAUAUAACGAGCGCCAAUGGCCUAAUUUUUCUGAAUGGCGCCAUAAGGAUCUCGUUUCCAGACAUGUAUUCCGAUGAUUGGAUCGUGAUUCACGGCCUCCAUGAAUCGAUUCCUCUGCCCAAAGAUGCCGAAAUCCCAGUAGAAGAUUUAGAUAUGAAGAGUCAGAGGAGAAUUCAAGAAUCUAUCUCACCUGAUCGCAGUGAAUUCUGAAUUGUUGACCUCUUUUCUGGUGAUCUUUGGUUGCUCAUUGCUGCAAUGUAACUUUGCAGCUGGUUAAUAUCAAAUGCAAUGAGGUCUCUACACGCCUGUACCAUGUCCUUUGUCACCACUUUCCCUUGGGUAACCAGAACAGUUCGUCGGUGGUGGGGCAGGCCGUUGGUAGCGGAGGCAGUCUGGUGGUGAUGAUAGCCGCCGCCGCCGGCCGGCGGCCGGCGGUGGAGCUCCGAUGACCAGCGGAAGUUGUGUCAGAAUGGCAGCAGAAAUAUUCUAGGAUUUUUUUGGGUGGCGGCAAAUUCAGGCCGCCGGCGGCCGGAGGCGGCGGUGGCGGAAUUGACGACGACGGCAAGACUAAUUUGGAAAUUAUUGGUGGAUUCCGGCGACCAGCGGUUGGCAACUCCGGUAGGGGUGGUCUUGUCCAAGCUUUAAAGAAUACUCCUAUUUGGGGAAUUUUACAAACUCACUCCUAUUUUUGCACUUUCUAUAUGAGUUGCAAUUGCGGUGGCAACUCCGACAGGGGUGGUCUUGUUCAAGCUUUAAAGAAUACUCCUAUUUGGGGAAUUUUACAAACUCACUCCUAUUUUUGCACUUUCUAUAUGUUUUGCUCCUAUAUGCAAUGUUCUAAAAGGUAUAAGGUGUGCCGAGGUGGCACCGCCAAGCCUUGAGCCUUUGAACCCUAGCCGAGUUUAUGCGUCGCCUAGCCGUGAAAAUGCGUCUUGAAUUUUUACUUAUUUUUUAAAUCUCUAUUGGUAUUAGUAAGCAUGUAAAUAUAUAUAUAAAUCAUGGAAAAACAUUAUGUAGUAUAUCUUAUGGGAUUGGGGAUGGAUAUGAAUAUGGCAUACGUAAAAAAUGGAUAAAGGGCGAGUUUUGCUAUCUAGGUUUGAGUCUUAAGUCUUAUGUUAGUUCUUAACUUCUUAUGUUUACUAUUUUACAUUAUUUUACCCUUGUUUGGUGCUUUAUAUCUUAGUUAUUAGAGUUCAUAUUCAAGUGGG